AUGGAUGAUGCUUAUCUCCGAAUUAUUUUUGAGUACUGGUCCGCCAACAGGUACUUCAACCCCACCUUUGCCAGUACACAUCUAACUGGACCUCAAGUCGAUGCCGAGAAAUUGCGCUCUGUAGCAAAGACAUACGGAGUUGUUGUGGGCGAGAAGGAAGAAGAGCACUAUCGCCAUCUGCUGAAUGGGCUGGAUGCUACAUCAGCAGCCAUCGAUGCUCUUCCGGCGUAUACAGACCCUCGUCUGCUUCCGGAUGCAACAACGCUUCCUCGCACGUACCACAGACUAGCUGGUGAUUUUCAGAAGAAUCCACUAAACUCUUGGAGCCAUCAGACGGCCAUCACGUCAAAGAAGCCGGUGGACUCAAGACUAGCCGGAAAGACGGUCGCGGUCAAAGACAAUGUAUCCAUUGCUGGCGUGCCCUUGACUGGCGGUACCUUCCCAGAGCUUCUGACCGGGAAGAGCGAGUACCCCAUUCCGCAGAUCGAUGCCGUAGUUGUGAAACGCGUUCUGGAAAGUGGUGGCACGAUCAAAGGCAGUGCAAACUGUGAGCACUUCUCCAUGAGCCCGCUGUCGUUCACAUCAGCCUCUGGUCCUGUACACAAUGCCUGGCUUCGAGGGUACACGACUGGUGGUUCAUCCAGUGGCUGUGGUGCAAUGGUCGCUGCUGGGCAAGUCCGAGCCUGGAGAAAGAAGAAUGAGCUCAAGCCAAACGACGAAGAGCUUGGAGAAAGUGUCGACAUGGCGAUUGGCGGAGACCAAGGUGGUUCGAUACGUAUCCCGGCCGCAUACGCUGGCAUAUACGGUCUCAAGCCUACCCAUGGCCUGAUUCCGUAUACAGGUAUAAUAAGCUUGCUACCGCUGGUUGAUCACACUGGGCCAAUGACUACGAGUCUUGAGGACAACGCACUACUGCUAUCCGUGCUGGCUGGCUAUGAUGGUAUUGAUCCAAGAUGCACGCCGGAGACACCGCUGCGACAGAACGUGCUCGACUACCCAGCCUUGCUUGAAGAAUGGCGGACGGAAAAGGAAACGAACGGAGCAUGGACGCCGAGCAGUGCAGGCAGAGGCUUACGUGUUGCCAUUAUGAAGGAGGGCCUCGAUGUCCUUGGACUGUCAAAGGAGGUGAAGAGCGUAUUCCACAAUGCCGUGGCUCAGUUUAAUGCAAUCGGAGCCAGUGUUGAGGAAGUCUCGAUUCCAAUGCAUACUCUCGGACCUGCCAUCUGGACUGUCAUCUCGCGACCGUUCAUAUAUGCCAUGCCGGACGUAACACCGCCAUCGCUCGACCAGAACGCAUUUGAUACUUUGAACAAGCAUAACCCUGCGGUUGCGAACAUGUUCUUCAACUCAGCAUUCAUGAACGAAAAGGCGGAUGCCAACGCUGUACUAGCGAAGGCAAUGGGGCACGUCCAACAACUGCGCGACGCAUAUGACGAGGUUCUGAAGGUGUACGACAUCCUCUUGACUCCAGUGAACCCCCGCGUGGGAAGCAAGCACCCCGAGCUAUCGGCAGACGUGGGCAAGAAGAUGGAACCCGCCAUCGGAGCGACAUUGAACACAUGCCAAUUCAAUGUCACCGGUCAUCCAGCACUCUCGAUGCCCGCCGGUUGGGCUAAGGCUCCGGAAGGGCCCGGCAUGCUGCCAGUCGGUAUACAGCUUGUCGCAAAAAGAUUCGACGAGAUGAGCACCUUCAAAGCUGCCGCUGCCUGGGAAGUUGCAGGCAAAGGACUAGACAAAUGGAAUGGACAGCUGAAUUAG